ACGUAUACAGAGGGCAUACCCAUACUCUGUAAUCCUUGGUGAUUUCCGAACCUAGCCCUCUCAAUUCAAGAGAGAUCUGUCCGGACAGACUGCAGAUCAAACUGGAAGAAUCCCUACAGUUUUGUCCCAAACCAGCGCUUACGACCCAUGACUUUCGGUACCGUUACAUCAGUGACAGAACAGUCCCCUCAUCCGUCUUGGAUUCGACUAUGCUGUUUAAUUGGCUCAUGUCAUAAGUUAAGGACUACACUUUCCGUUUGUGUACGCCCCGUAGAGAGAUUAGCGGUGGUGCAUGCGUAUCGAAAUUAUCGCCACUCGAACCCAGACAUGGUCAAGGGUUAUCGGUAGCAGCUGGGUAUGACACUCAGAGACGAUGAAUGCUAAACAGCUGUAUAAAAAUUAAGAAGGUCAGCAGGACCAAAAAGUUUAGAAACAUUGGCCUUAUUAUUUUAAUCCGGAACGUUACUUACACAGACAGUUGGUUAGGCUUGAUCUCUCCUGAGUAUCCUGGGUAUACCAACACCUACCUUUAAUGGUACGAUUUUGUUCUCCAGU